ACGGGGGUAGUUGUGUGAAAUCACCGUCAAGGGCAGAAAUAUGCUGCAAAAUGUCCAGGACGUCUGGCUGCCCGCUCGCUUCGCCGGCAGGGCCCUGAGACUGCUCUGGGGCAAGAACAAGCCCGUCACCAUAACUGUGGUGGUGGUGGUUGGUGUCAUGAAAAUACGAAGCUACAUGAAGAAGCAGGAGAGGAGGAGGAGGUGGAACAACGCCGGCAAGGACGUGGUGGUCCUGCACAUUCCGCCCCGGGGAUUCUUCUGCCCGAGUCUGUCCCCCUUCGUCGUCAAGCUCGAGACCUACGUCAGGAUGGCGGAGAUCCCUCAUGUGAUCGACCACGAGGAGCCCCUGGGACCCAAGGGGAAGACGCCCUGGAUCACCCUCAACGGCGAGGACGUUGGCGACUCGCAGAUGAUCAUCGAGAAACUGGCGGCCAAGUUCGGCAAGGAGUUCGACGCCCACUUGUCGCAGGAGGAGAAGGCCGUGGCUCACUCCCUGCGCAUCAUGGUGGACGAGUACUUUGUCUGGUGCCUCGGUGUCUACCGCUAUGGCCAGGAACAAGGUCGCCACUUCCUCCUGAACGCCUCCAUCCCUUGGUUUUACCGGCCGAUCUUGCCCAUGUACUUUAAGAGGUAUGUAGAGGCCGCAAAGACGCAAGGCAUUGGGCGGCACAGCUACAGGGAUGUAGAAGAGAUGGGGAGGAAAAGCCUUCAGUCGCUCUCGGCUUGGCUCGGUGAGAAGCCCUUCAUGAUGGGUGCCAAUCCGACAGAACUGGACUGCACGGUCUUCGGCAUGCUUGCGUUUGACGUGUUUUGUCCUCCUCUGUCGCCCUUCAAGAGGAUGCUCGAGAAAGACUACCGGAACCUGCACGCGUAUUGCCACCGCAUGAAGGAGAAGUUCUGGCCGGACUGGGACAAGUGCCUCGACCCGAAUCGCCGCUGAGAGGCAGGGGUCGUGUGCAACGGAAGGAGAGACGGAGAUGCAACAGUUAUGCAACAGAUGUAGAUGAAUUAUUUCGGUAUUUUUUUUUCUAGAACAGCAACCUUGUCAAGUAAUUUGUUAUUAUAUACUAAGGUAUCAACGAAGGUCUUACUAUUGAGAUAUUCAUCUUAAUUUUUUUUCUACUAACAUUUUUUUUAUUUAUUUGAUAAUUGAGGCAGCAUUCAUGCGAUAGAUUACAUGACAUAAUUAGGUAUUCAAUUUAUUAUAUAUUAUUUAUAUGAUUACGUGUUUUAUAUAUAUUACUGAUGCAAAGAAGAAAAUACAGUCUGUUGUAAAUAGCGUUUUCUGCUUUGGUCUGAUAGCGUUGUAAUUCUUUGAAAAUUGUAUCUAACGCUAUUCUAUUUGUUUUAAUGUCUUUGAUGUAUUGUGUGAAUAAAUGUGAUCAAUAUGAGGA